AUGUCGAAUCUGUCCGUCUUGACCCAACUACAAAGCACAUCUACCGAGCCUUUCCCCCCCGUCACCCUCACAAAGCCACUCAGACCAGUCUCUGCGCCUUGUCCAAACUUUUCAAAGCCCAUAGCAGCCGACCCUCCACCGACAACUGAUUCGAAAUCCGUCGGCGCCCAUGAAGUCCAGGCUAGAAUCCAAGCUGCAAGAAGAAGCUUGACUGCUGCACAACCCCCGACUGAAGCUUUUCAACGCAAACUCGACCAGUCUCCUGAUCUCAUCCACCCAGCUUUGCGCGCCAGGAGCGGAGUGACGCCAAAUGGCGACCGCGCUCGUAGCCUCAAGUCGAGAAGCAAGCAAGAUCAAUCCAUUGAUGCAGUCAUACGCCGCUUGUCAGCCGAAAUCGAUAGCGGACAUCUGAACCUUGCAAGAGAUGUGCCUCCAGUGCCUGCGUUGCCCGCAUUCCACUCGCCUGUAUCCGGUCGUCCGCGAUCAUAUCAACCCGCAAGUAGUAGGUCUUCUGUGACGAAUAGACGAAGCCCACUUUCGAUUGUGUCAUCUGCAGAUGACUCGGAGGAAACUCCAUGCCAUACCUCUGGACAGACCUCGACGCAAACAUCAAGGCAGACAUCGAGGCGAUCCUCUACCUCAGCCUCGUCUCAAACCUCCAAAUCCGACGACAGCAACGACCUAGAUGAUGACGACAAGCCCGCAAAGAUUCGAGUGAUCAGCCUGGAAUCCCACAAAGCAGGCCACGUCCAACAGCAACAACAAUCCGCACGUCAGCCCUCGCCUUCAUCAUCACAACCAAACAUCUCUCACUCCAAACCCCAACGGGUCAAGAGCCGCAGCCCGUGGCAUUCAAUUUCGCGACGACGAAUACUUUGCUUUGUUUAACGACUACCCAUCUUGCGCCAUGUUUUUUUUGUUUUGUUUCUCCAUGUCCAUGUACAUACAAGGCCGCGCGGGCCACAAACAUAUAUUUUCUUGAGUGUUUAUUUUUACGGUCAUAGCGGCGCACAGUAUACUCGGCCUUGUUCUGGCGCUGAUUUGGUUUCUGCAUCAUGAGCCUGUUGGAUUUGAGCGACUACAGGGGGCAUAAAUAGCGCGGGAGUUUUGGCGUUUUCCUACGUGUUCCAAUAGGCGAGAUUACUGAGCGUUUUCUGUCGCCAAAGCUGACGACUAGCUACACACAUACAUGGAUAGAUAGCACGCACGCAACAAUGCACAUGUCGGCAAUUGCACAAUCCGCAUUGCCUCGC